GCGGCGCCGCGCACGCGCGCGGGCGGCCUGUGUGGCGGGAGCGCGCGCGUCUCCGUCGCUCCCUCAGGCGGCGGCGGCGGCGGCGGCGGCUCCUUUGUUCCCCCUCAGCGCCCGGCGAGACGGGGCCGCCCGGCGGGGAUGGGCCUUGCCAGCGGCUCCUGCGGCGGCCAGCGCGCGUUGGGUUAAAAGCUCGCCGUGCCCAGACCUCCCCCGGCCGCCGCGCAGAGCUCCAUGCCCAGAGAGCCCUGAAUUAACCAGAAAUUCUAGUUUCUUGCGCAAGAGCCGCGCUUUUCCACGCAAAUCGCCCCGUUGAACUGGAACGAGUCUCUGGAGCGUUCGGGUGCUGGAUUUCGAUGGAUAUUUUGGCUUUACCCGCGUCUCCGGAGUUAACGUUUGCGGGGAGAAGACGUUCAAAUCGGUUUCAAGGCCUGCGCAAAAAUAUCGCUCCCAGAACUGGUAUAAAACCACUUAAGUUGACCCAAAAAACCCCCAGCUUUCUGCACGGAGUGGAUCGCAGCGUGGUAUCCCGGGAAUAUUCAGUGCCUGCUGCGAGGACGACGGAUUUGGGAGCGGCUUUCUCGUUCCUCAAGCCUCUGGUUUUGCAAAGCCGUCGAGGCUGGGGGUCUCUAACGAGCUCAGGGUUCGUUAGCAAGGGCUCUGCUCGGGGCAAGGCAUCCCGCACCGCCCUUCCCUAAUCCUAAUUUCCCUUUUCCGUCCCCGUUUUCGGGGGGGGGCUUUUCCCAGGAGCGGCGCCUGAGACGAGUUCCCCGACGGCAGGACCCAGCUCCCGGCGCUGAAAGAUGUCGACUCCGGAUCCUCCCAUGGGGGGAACCCCCCGCCCGGGACCCUCCCCGGGACCCGGCCCCUCGCCGGGGGCCAUGCUGGGCCCCAGCCCCGGCCCCUCGCCCGGCUCCGCACACAGUAUGAUGGGACCCAGCCCCGGGCCACCCUCGGCGGGACACCCGCUGCCCCCCCAGGGGCCGGGGGGCUACGCUCAGGACAACAUGCAUCAGAUGCACAAGCCCAUGGACUCCAUGCACGAGAAGGGAAUAACCGACGAUCCUCGCUACAGCCAGAUGAAAGGGAUGGCGAUGCGGCCCGGCGGGCACGCGGGAAUGGGGCCUCCUCCCAGCCCAAUGGAUCAACACUCGCAAGGUUACCCGUCUCCGCUGGGUGGCUCUGAGCACGCCUCCAGCCCGGUCCCGGCCAACGGUCCGUCGUCCGGCCCUCCCAUAUCCUCGGGCCCGACGGGAGUCCCCUUGGACGGCGCCGACCCCCAAGCGUUGGGGCAGCAGAACCGGGGGCCGACCCCUUUUAACCAGAACCAGCUGCACCAGCUGAGGGCGCAGAUCAUGGCCUACAAGAUGCUGGCCAGGGGCCAGCCGUUGCCUGACCACCUUCAGAUGGCGGUGCAGGGAAAGCGACCCAUGCCUGGAAUGCAGCAGCAAAUGCCGACACUACCUCCCCCUUCCGUGUCCGGGACAGGACCAGUGCAAGGACCAGUGCAAGGGCCUGGACCGGGACCGACACCUCCAAACUAUAACAGACCUCACGGUAUAGGAGGGCCUAACAUGCCCCCUCCCGGACCCUCAGGAGUUCCCCCAGGAAUGCCUGGGCAACCCCCCGGCGGCCCCCCCAAGCCCUGGCCGGAAGGACCAAUGGCAAAUGCUGCAGCCCCCACUAGCACACCUCAGAAACUGAUUCCCCCCCAGCCCACCGGCCGGCCCUCCCCGGCCCCCCCGGCGGUGCCUCCCGCCGCCUCGCCGGUGAUGCCGCCCCAGACGCAGUCUCCCGGGCAGCCGGCCCAGCCCGCCCCCAUGGUGCAGCUCCACCAGAAGCAGAACCGCAUCACGCCCAUCCAGAAACCCCGAGGGCUCGACCCGGUGGAGAUCCUGCAGGAGAGGGAGUACAGGCUGCAGGCUCGCAUCGCUCACAGAAUCCAAGAGCUGGAAAACCUUCCGGGCUCCCUGGCUGGUGACCUGAGAACCAAAGCUACCAUUGAACUCAAAGCACUACGGCUGCUUAAUUUUCAGCGACAGCUGCGUCAGGAAGUGGUGGUGUGCAUGAGGCGAGACACGGCCUUGGAGACGGCCCUGAACGCCAAGGCGUACAAGCGCAGCAAGCGGCAGUCCCUGCGCGAGGCUCGCAUCACCGAGAAGCUGGAGAAGCAGCAGAAGAUCGAGCAGGAACGGAAACGCAGGCAGAAGCACCAGGAAUACCUCAAUAGCAUUCUCCAACACGCUAAAGAUUUCAAGGAAUACCAUCGCUCCGUCACGGGCAAAAUCCAAAAGCUGACCAAGGCGGUGGCCACCUACCACGCCAACACCGAGCGGGAGCAGAAGAAGGAAAACGAGAGGAUCGAGAAGGAGCGAAUGCGCCGUUUGAUGGCUGAAGAUGAGGAGGGUUACCGCAAGCUCAUCGACCAGAAGAAGGACAAGCGCUUGGCCUACCUGCUGCAGCAGACGGACGAGUACGUGGCCAACCUGACGGAGCUGGUGCGGCAGCACAAGGCGGCGCAGGUGGCCAAGGAGAAGAAGAAGAAAAAGAAAAAGAAGAAGGCGGAGAACGCGGAAGGGCAGACGCCGGCGAUCGGACCAGAUGGCGAACCGCUGGACGAGACGAGCCAGAUGAGCGACCUCCCCGUCAAAGUCAUCCACGUGGAGAGCGGCAAGAUCCUCACCGGCACCGACGCUCCGAAAGCCGGGCAGCUGGAAGCCUGGCUGGAGAUGAACCCCGGAUAUGAAGUAGCUCCGAGAUCCGACAGUGAAGAAAGUGGGUCAGAAGAGGAGGAGGAGGAGGAGGAAGAGGAGCAGCCGCAGCCGGCUCAGCCUGCCCUGCCCGUGGAGGAGAAGAAAAAAAUCCCCGACCCAGACAGCGACGACGUCUCGGAAGUGGAUGCCAGACACAUUAUCGAGAACGCGAAGCAAGAUGUCGACGACGAAUACGGGGUGUCUCAAGCUCUGGCCCGGGGCCUGCAGUCGUACUACGCCGUGGCCCACGCCGUCACCGAGAGGGUGGACAAACAAUCCACGCUGAUGGUCAACGGCGUCCUCAAGCAGUACCAGAUCAAAGGUUUGGAGUGGCUGGUGUCGCUCUACAACAACAACCUGAACGGCAUCUUGGCCGACGAGAUGGGGCUGGGCAAAACCAUCCAGACCAUCGCUUUGAUCACAUACCUCAUGGAGCACAAGCGCAUCAACGGGCCCUUCCUCAUCAUCGUACCCCUCUCAACUCUGUCGAAUUGGGCGUACGAGUUUGACAAAUGGGCUCCUUCCGUGGUGAAGGUCUCCUACAAGGGCUCUCCGGCGGCGAGACGGGCGUUCGUACCUCAGCUCCGAAGCGGGAAAUUCAACGUCUUGCUCACGACGUACGAAUACAUCAUCAAGGACAAGCACAUCCUGGCCAAGAUCCGCUGGAAGUACAUGAUCGUGGACGAGGGCCACCGGAUGAAGAACCACCACUGCAAGCUCACCCAGGUCCUCAACACCCACUACGUGGCUCCGCGGCGGCUGCUGCUGACGGGGACCCCCCUGCAGAACAAGCUGCCCGAGCUCUGGGCCCUCCUCAACUUCCUCCUGCCCACCAUCUUCAAGAGCUGCAGCACCUUCGAGCAGUGGUUCAACGCCCCCUUCGCCAUGACCGGGGAGAAGGUGGACCUGAACGAGGAGGAAACCAUCCUCAUCAUCCGGCGGCUGCACAAGGUGCUGCGGCCCUUCCUGCUGCGGAGGCUGAAGAAGGAGGUGGAGGCGCAGCUCCCCGAGAAGGUGGAAUACGUCAUCAAGUGCGACAUGUCGGCGCUGCAGAGGGUCCUCUACAGGCACAUGCAGGCCAAGGGGGUGCUGCUGACCGACGGCUCCGAGAAGGACAAAAAGGGUAAAGGGGGUACGAAAACCUUGAUGAACACCAUCAUGCAGCUGCGGAAGAUCUGUAACCACCCCUACAUGUUUCAGCACAUCGAGGAAUCCUUUUCCGAGCACUUGGGCUUCACGGGAGGGAUCGUGCAAGGACUGGAUUUGUACCGUGCCUCGGGCAAAUUUGAGCUCCUGGACAGAAUUCUCCCCAAACUUCGAGCCACCAACCACAAGGUGCUGCUCUUCUGCCAGAUGACCUCCCUCAUGACCAUCAUGGAAGAUUAUUUUGCUUAUCGCGGCUUCAAAUACCUCAGGCUGGACGGAACCACUAAAGCGGAAGACCGGGGCAUGUUGUUAAAGACUUUCAACGAGCCGGGCUCCGAGUACUUCAUUUUUUUGCUGAGCACUCGGGCCGGGGGGUUGGGGCUCAACCUCCAGUCUGCCGACACCGUCAUUAUCUUCGACAGCGACUGGAACCCUCACCAGGACCUGCAGGCGCAGGACCGAGCCCACCGCAUCGGGCAGCAGAACGAAGUGCGCGUCCUCCGCCUCUGCACCGUCAACAGCGUGGAGGAGAAGAUCCUGGCCGCCGCCAAGUACAAGCUGAACGUGGAUCAGAAGGUGAUCCAGGCCGGCAUGUUCGACCAGAAAUCCUCCAGCCACGAGCGGAGAGCCUUCCUCCAGGCCAUCUUGGAGCACGAGGAGCAGGACGAGAACAGAUACAGCGCGGGCAGCGGCAGUGGCGGUGCAAGCUUCCCCCACACUGCCCCGACCCUGUGCCUGAACGCUGAGUUGGAGGAACCACCUCUAAAGGAAGAAGACGAAGUGCCCGACGACGAAACCGUCAACCAGAUGAUCGCGCGGCACGAAGAGGAGUUCGACCUUUUCAUGCGCAUGGACCUGGACCGGCGGCGGGAGGAGGCGCGCAACCCCAAGCGCAAACCGCGCCUGAUGGAGGAGGACGAGCUGCCCUCGUGGAUCAUCAAGGACGACGCCGAGGUGGAGAGGUUGACGUGCGAGGAAGAGGAGGAGAAGAUGUUCGGGCGAGGCUCCCGGCACCGCAAGGAGGUGGAUUACAGCGACUCGCUGACGGAGAAGCAGUGGCUCAAGGUAUACAUGGCCAUCGAGGAGGGCACGCUGGAGGAGAUCGAGGAGGAGGUGCGCCAGAAGAAAUCCUCCCGCAAACGCAAGCGGGACGCGGAGGCCGGGGCCGCCGCCGCCAUCCCCGCCGCCGCCGCCGCCGCCGCCGCCAGCACCCGCAGCCGGGAGAAGGACGAGGAGAGCAAGAAACAGAAGAAACGGGGGCGGCCGCCGGCCGAGAAGCUCUCCCCCAACCCCCCCAACCUCACCAAGAAGAUGAAGAAGAUCGUGGACGCCGUCAUCAAGUACAAGGACAGCAGCAGUGGACGGCAGCUCAGCGAGGUCUUCAUCCAGCUGCCUUCCCGCAAGGAGCUGCCGGAAUAUUACGAGCUCAUCCGCAAACCCGUCGACUUUAAGAAAAUCAAGGAGCGCAUCCGGAACCACAAGUACCGGAGCCUGAACGACCUGGAGAAGGACGUGAUGCUGCUCUGCCAGAACGCCCAGACCUUCAACCUGGAGGGGUCCCUGAUCUACGAGGACUCCAUCGUGCUGCAGUCCGUCUUCACCAGCGUGCGGCAGAAGAUCGAGAAGGAGGAGGAGAGCGAGGGCGAGGACAGCGAGGAGGAGGAGGAAGGAGAGGAGGAAGGCUCCGAGUCCGAGUCGCGCUCGGUGAAGGUGAAGAUCAAGCUGGGGCGGAAGGAGAAGGCGCAGGAGCGGCUGAAGGGCCGGCGUCGCACCAGCCGCGGCUCCCGCGCCAAGCCCGUGGUGAGCGACGACGACAGCGAGGAGGAGCAGGAGGAGGAUCGCUCCGGCAGCGGCACCGAGGACGACUGAACCCCCCACAUUCCGCGGCUCCGGCUCCCGCCGCCCCCCCCUCCCCGUGUCCGUGUGUGUCCGUGUGUGUGUGUGUGUGCGUGUGUGUGUGUCCCCCGUCCCCCCCCCGUCCCCGUCCCCGUUGUCCUCUCACGGGUAGAGACGCCGUAGAACCGACGCCAGGAAAAACUCCCCCAAUUUCUUCCGUAUUUAUCCUGCCGGAAGCGGGGGGUGGGGGGGUGGGUUUGUCUUCCCUCCACCCCCCCCCAAAUCCCGGCCCCCGCCGGCUCUGCCCUCCCGCGGAUGCAUGCGCCGGAUCGGGGCGGGAAGGGGCCGGGAAUGGGCGCCCGCGUGGGGCGGGAGCGCGGCGGCAGUCGAUGUCACUGGAUUUCGAGCAGUAAUAAAUUAAACCCACGG